AUGAACAGGCAGCCAAACUUUAACCAUAAACAAGGAAAAAAUCCUCAAUUCGAAGAAAGAAAAGUGCAAAGAAACAUCGCAACCCCGUUGCAGCCAAUUAGAAAGGCUAUAAAGCCUAUCCCUGCUGAUAAAGAAGAAGCCAAAGAAGUCCCAAUUGCCCAUCAGGCAGUUCUAAAUCCCAGAAGGAUUCAAUCGGGAAAGCCAAACGGGUCUUCACAAAGCGCAGCAGCCUUACAAGAAGAGUAUUGGAAGCUAAAAAAGCGCACCCAGGAAAAUCAAAAGGUAUAUUUUUACAAAGAAAAUUGACGACUUAACAACUCAAAUGGAAGAAAAUCGACAGCUAAUUAUCCGAUUGAGAAACGAACAAAGAGAACUGAAGAGGAGGAAUGAAAUGGCUUCUCAAGACGGAGUCAUCAAUAUCAGUGAAGAAGACUUGGAGAACUUGUUCGCUCAACAAGGCCCUGAUGUUUUAGCACAGCGUAAUUUUGAUAUAGUGAUGAACCUGAGGGGAUUGAUGGCAAGAAAUGAAGAAAAUAUGACUUAUGAGCAACUUCUUGCAUUGGAAGAGAGAAUUGGAAAUGUCCCAGUCGGCUUGAAUGAAGACCAAAUGAGGGUAAAAGCAAAUUAGGAACUUCCUGUUGUUCCACUGACAGCAGAAAAUAUGUGCUCAAUCUGCCUAGUGAACAUGGAAAAGGGAGAAAUGGCCAAGCUGUUACCAAAAUGUAACCAUUCGUAUCAUGCUGAGUGUAUUGAUCAGUGGCUGAAAGCUAACUCCUCUCCCUCAGUGAGUAUACAGAUAAAUUUUGUUUACUCAGAGUUAUUUUUUAAAAUAAAUUUAUAUAUAAAUUAAUAGCAAUUUUUGUGUUCAAAAUAUUUUAAAGCAAAAAUUAAUUUAAAUUGUAAAUUUUAUGUUUUAAAAUGCAGGCAAUUUAAAAUAAAACAGAAUUAGCCGGAAAUCGAUUAUAAAAAUUAAUUAUCGCAUAUAUAUGAAAUAUUUUUUUUCAAAAAAGUUUUAUAUUAAAAAAAUUUUUGUUUGCUUACGGAGGGUAGCUUUUACCCAAAUAAUAAGGAUUUUUACAAUGGUUGCGCUUGCUGAAGAGGGGAGUAAGAAAACUUGCCCAUUAUGUUUAACCGAGGUGAUUUAA